AUGUCGCUAGGGCAGGCAGCAGCAGUGACGGCGGGUAGAUGUGGGAAUGGGCAGCGUAAGGCGUGGUACGUGGCCCGGGGGCCCUUUCGCCGCGGCCCAGUGCGACAGCGAACGGCGAACCUUCGCAGCGGCGUUUUCGACGCAAAAUUCGUCGCAAUAUUCGUGAAUAGGGUAUCAAAAGAUAGCGCUUUGAUGGAGCAUCGAGAAAAUCGCCUCGCCGAUGAUUUUCUGAUGGUUGUGGUGGAGUUUUCUGAUGGAAAAGGUUGCUGGGGCGAGGAGCGACUUGUUGGGGUGCCCGCACUUUUUCCUCGGGCAGCCCGCUGGAUAAGGGAAAUCAAGGAAUGCACAAUUCUUGUGGAUGAUAAUGGUGAAAAGAGUGAGAUGGAAGUGAAUAUGCAGGCAUCGCUGUAUCGCAAGAUAGCAGAGGAAGCCCUGUUUGCUCUUCCCAUCGUCAUUCAUUGUGCUGAUGCCUCAGAACGCUUCUAUUUGUGCAAAGUGAAAGGUAUUGACGUGAGGAUUUUUGACGACAAUCCAAUUACAUGCCGCACCGGUCAUGUUUUUGGUUUCAAGAAAGCGGCGAAGGAUUCGUACCACGAACUUGCAAAUCACAUCGCGAAAGGCAUCCGUAUGAGAACAACCCUCACCUUAAUGUCUCCGAGUUACUUCACGCCUGUGUUCGACUUCUUUAUCGCUACUACCAUGUUCCCACCUCCGCCUUCUGAGCAAGGAGUCCUCACCGAUAAUUUCUUCAUGUCGACAUGUCACACUUGGCUCUCCAUACAUAUCCUUGGUGCCAAGGAUAUCAAUCUGUGGUUGUUUGGCUGCAAGCAACCGGCGAAAGGAAUAUCUUCCGUUUCACAGUAG